AUGUUUGUGGAGAGGGGGGAGGACGAGUUGGCGUCAAAAAAGUUCUUCCGUACAGAAGGUCCUCAACGCCGCCUUCAUCUUCGACAUUACCUGUCGGCCAAAAUCGACGGCAAGCUGGUGGCGCGCCCGUACGCGCCCACGUCCAGCGACGACGACGACGACGAGGGCUACGUGGACCUGGUCAUCAAGGUUGACUUCAAAGACGUGCCAUCCCGAAUUCCCGGAAGGCGGCAAGAUGGGUCGGUACCUGACUUCAGGGGGCCCAGCGGGCUCCUCGUCUACCGGGGCAAAGGCGUUUUUGCCGUUCAGCCCGACAAGAAGUCUCCGGCCGAGACCAGGACGGCCAAACACGUGGGCAUGAUCGCGGGCGGGACGGGCGUCACGCCCAUGCUGCAGAUCAUCACGGCCGUCGUGAAGGACCCGCAGGACCCGACCGUGUGCCACCUGCUUUUCGCCAACCAGACGGAGAAGGACAUCCUGCUGAGGCCCGAGCUGGAGGAGAUUCAAGUGAACAACCCCGAGCGCUUCAAGCUGUGGUUCACUGUGGACAGAGCGCCUGCCGGCUGGGAGUACAGCGAGGGCUUCAUCAGCGAGGCGAUGGUGCGCGAGCAUCUCCCGCCGCCGUCCGCCGACACCCUGGUGCUGAUGUGCGGCCCGCCGCCCAUGAUCCAGUUCGCCUGCAACCCCAACCUGGACAAGGCGGGCCACGCCGCCGAGCGCAGGUUCGCCUUCUAGAGGCCGAGCCGUACGCAGCGCGUACGUGCGACGCGCCGGAAGUUAUGUACGGUGUCACGCGGCUUCAGCGCUCACUACAAUUUUGGUGCCUUACAAUUUAUGAUUUUUUUUUGUGCAUUAUGCAGAUUGAUGUGAAUAUGUUUAUGCUCCUCGUGCGGAUGCAAUGUCAUUUUCCCCAUUUCUGCCACUUUUCCAGUUUCUGUUCAUAAUCAAUUAUUUAACGGACGCGUUGAUGAUCACGCUUGCCAGCACUUUAAUGGAGGCUCCAGAAAAAUGGAAGACACGAUGAGCGACAUUUGGUCCAAUUGUUCAUUGCCAAACAAAGAUGAAACAUUUUUUGGGGGGAAUAUAUUAUGCAGCACAUGUUUGAUGAAAUAAAAGUUGUCCAAAGACAA